UGUUUACGAGGCCUUGGAGCGCAAAGGCUUCACAGCAUUUUGCUAAGCCGGAGCGUUCGAGGUGCACUCUGGGAAGGGUAGUUUUUAGGCACACCUCGCCUGCAGCCUUUUCCGCCGGGGAAGCUUGUUCUCUCUUCCCCAAAAGCCCGCCCAAAGUGAGGGGGCUGAAGGAGAGCCGCUUUGGAACCCAAGAGGGGCGCCACAGGAGGCGGGGAAGCUGAGCGGAGGGGCGGCUUCCGCUUUCCGCUUCCUGUCGGGGAGGAGAAGGGGUCUGUGCGUGUGUGUGGACGGCGCUGAAGCGGCUUGGGAGCGCUUCGGAGCUGAAGGAAGGGAGAAAGGAGGCCGGCGGCGCCAUGUUUUCUUUCAACAUGUUUGAUCAUCCAAUUCCCCGGGUCUUCCAGAACCGCUUCUCAACUCAAUAUCGCUGUUUCUCGGUGUCAAUGCUCGCUGGGCCUAAUGACAGAUCAGAUGUGGAGAAAGGCGGGAAGAUAAUUAUGCCACCCUCUGCUUUGGAUCAGCUCAGCCGACUUAAUAUCACCUAUCCUAUGCUAUUUAAACUGACCAAUAAAAAUUCAGACCGUAUGACUCACUGUGGUGUGCUUGAGUUUGUGGCUGAUGAAGGCAUUUGCUACCUUCCGCACUGGAUGAUGCAGAAUCUGCUUCUGGAGGAAGGAGGCCUAGUGCAGGUAGAGAGUGUAAACCUUCAGGUGGCCACGUACUCAAAAUUUCAGCCACAGAGUCCUGACUUCCUUGACAUCACCAACCCCAAAGCUGUAUUGGAAAAUGCACUCAGAAAUUUUGCGUGCUUGACCACUGGAGAUGUUAUUGCCAUCAACUACAAUGAGAAGAUUUAUGAGCUUCGAGUCAUGGAAACCAAACCGGACAAAGCAGUGUCAAUCAUCGAGUGUGAUAUGAAUGUAGAUUUUGAUGCACCAUUGGGUUACAAAGAACCGGAAAGACAGGUGCAGCAUGAGGAAUCAACAGAUGUUGAAGCAGAUCACAGCGGCUAUGUGAGUGACCUGGGAUUCCGUGCAUUUUCAGGAUCUGGGAACAGGUUGGAUGGGAAAAAGAAAGGCGUUGAGCCAAGCCCUUCCCCAAUUAAACCAGGAGACAUUCGAAGAGGAAUUCCUAAUUAUGACUUCAAGAUUGGCAAGAUCACAUUCAUCAGGAAUUCACGACCACUGAUCAAAAAAAUCGAAGAGGAUGAUUCUGGUAGCCGCUUCAUUGCUUUUUCUGGAGAAGGCCAGUCACUGCGCAAGAAAGGAAGGAAACCAUAAAUCCCGACUCCUUUGGCUGAGAGACAAUAAAAUAACACUGCAGCAUUUCUGGCCUUUUAAAACUUUCUUUCUUGGGGUUCCCCCCCCCCCUUAUUUUUUGGGGGGAGAGAGAAGAGAGACUCCUGCUCAAACAGCACCCCAAGAAUGUUGUCUUCCUAUUCUGUAUUUUCAAGGUAACUUGGUGGUUCAGAAAUUUGUACUUAGUAGAAAACGAAGCUGCAGGUCUGUGCUGACACAGACUUCUUGGAGAAACCCAAGAAACAGAGCUAAGUAAAAUGUUUCCCUGCUUAAGAACAGUUGAUCUAAUUUUUCAGUCUCUUUGUAGGGCUAUCCUUAUAAUUGUGCAAAGUUAGCAAAUUGUCUCAGUCAGCAAAUGCUGAGGGGGCAGUGCUAUGUCUUGUAGUCCCUUGAACACUUUGCCUGCCCCUUUUCUUUGGAUGCCUAACACUAUUUGUAAGUGCUCACCUGCAAGAUUUGAGUUACUGCAGUGGUAGAAAUUUCAGGACUGAAGGAAAUGUUGGUGCUGGGGGGCAGAAUUCUUAUGGGGCAAUGGCCUUAGAGCUACAUCCCUGCAGGGUUUUUUUCUGGUAGCAAGGACUGAAGUGGUAUAAAAUUAGUGGCUUUACAUGGAUAUGAGGAAUUGUCAAUUGGCGAGCCUUAGGAGAAUGGUCUUGGUGGUGAGUUUUCUUGCAUUCCUUAGUCGAUAAUAAAGGCUUUCAGAUCCAUGUA